UACGAAUCUCCACUCAUCACUCCAUCACUGGCCUACCUGAGGAAGAGUCCCUGAGGAAAACAAGUGAUUUACCUACUACAACAGACAACCAGCAUCACCAUCAACACCACCAUGAAGGUUCUGAUCAUCUUUGCAUUACUUUGUGUUGCCCUCUCUGCUAGGGCAGCAGCAGUUCAUGUGGAGAGCGAUGCUGUGGCGGUAGAAGAGCCAAAAAGUGCCCCAGAGGAGGCUGUUGAGGUUGAGGCUCCUGCAGCAGCAGAGAAGCUGAGUGACGCCCCAGAGGAGGAAGUACAGACUGAGGUUGUUGAAGAGGUGGCUGCAGCACGUAAAGUGGCACGCAGGUUCUGCCCUGACGGAUGGUUCAGCUACCAGUCCAAGUGUUACAUGUUUGUGAACACUCCUCGGUCCUGGUUCAACGCUGAGGAACACUGCAAUGAACUGGGCGCCAGCCUGGCCUCCGCAAGCUCCUCCCCCGAGUAUCGUUACCUGCAACAGAUAACCAGAACAGCCAACAGAGCCACCGCCUGGAUCGGUGGAUUCUACCUCCAGGGAAAUUGGAUGUGGAUCGACCGCUCAGGAAUGUAUUACACCAACUGGUACAGCCAGAGCACUGCAACCAGCAACUCCUGCAUGUACCUGCAAUCUGCUGUGGGCCAGGGCUGGAGGAACCUCGGAUGUGGCACACAAUACCCAUUCAUCUGCGUGCACAACUAUCGCUGUUAGUCAACAUUGUGAAGAUAUUGUUAAUUGCUUGACACCUUUUCUAACCGCUUUCAACAUUUGUUUGUUUUACUACUGACUGUGACUAAGUGUUCUCCAAAGGGCUAAAUGUGAUGACAUUUCAAAUGGAACUGCCCAUUUAUGUACCUCAACCUGUAUUGUUUUCCUGUAAUAAACAUUUUUUAAAGUACUAUAUUA